UCAAUUGAUAAACAAACAAAAAUAUAAGAGCGUAUCACAAUCACCAAAAACACGUUCACUCCCAGACUCCCAGUUCUUCCUUUUUCAAACUGCGAUUUCUUAAUCGCUUUUUUCUGUAAGCGAUUUUCCAAUUCUUCUACGUUUCUCCUUUCUCUCUUCUUUUCUCUUCACUCUCGAUUUCUCAUCGAUUCUACCGCUCUUUACGCUUCUUCCAGGGAGAGAGUGCAGCGCAUUCCAUUGACAAUGUUCAAUUCAAAGAAAUCUCCUUUGAGAGCUGGGAAACCCAACACUGUUAGUCCUGUUAAUGAUGUUAAACCCUGGUCAAACCCGUUUGAUUCUGACGAUGAUGAUGAAAAGGAUAACAAAAAGUAUAGUUCUUCCUCAAAGAAGACUUCUUCAGAACGGGCACUAAUUACACCAGAAGUUAACACCAACCCGUUUGAUGAUAUUGAUGACAAGAAGAAACCUUCGUCGUUUACGUAUGCCCAUCAAUCAGCAGACCGGAAUAGGUUUAAGAAUAAUGUUCAUGAUUCUGGUGAUAAUGAUGAAAAGGAUAACAAAAAGUAUAGUUCCUCAAAGAAGAAUUCUUCAGAACGAGCACUAGUUACGCUGGAAGUUAACACCAACCCAUUUGACGACAUUGUUGACAAUAAGAAAUCUUCAUCGUUUACUAAUGCCCAUCAAUCAGUAGACAGGAAUAGGUUUAAGAAUAAUUUCCGUGAUUCUGGUGGAUUAGAGAACCAGUCUGUACAGGAGUUGGAGAGUUAUGCUGUUUAUAAGGCUGAGGAGACUACAAAAUCGGUCCAUAAUUGUUUGAAGAUAGCAGAGAACAUUAGAGAGGAUGCUACCAAGACUUUAGUCACCCUUCAUCAUCAGGGUGAGCAAAUUACCAGGAGUCACCAAGUCGCUGCUGAUAUUGAUCGAGAUUUAAGUCGGGGAGAAAAGCUUUUGGGAAGUCUUGGUGGGCUCUUCUCCAAAACUUGGAAAGCAAAGAAGACACGAACAAUAACAGGCCCUGUUAUUUUUGGAGAUGAUCCAGUUAGAAGAAAGGUAAACCACUUGGAACAGAGAGAGAACUUGGGAUUGACUUCUGCAUCCAAAGGGCAGUCUAAGCUGCGGACUCCUCCUCAGGAACCAACAGCUGCACUUGAAAAAGUCGAGUUUGAAAAAGGGAAGCAAGAUGAUGCACUGUCGAAUUUAAGUGAUCUUUUGGGAGAGCUUAAAGAUAUAGCCGUUGACAUGGGAUCUGAAAUUGAGAGACAUAACAAAGCCUUGAGUCAUCUAGAUGAUGAUGUGGAUGAGUUGAAUUUCCGAGUGAAAGGAGCUAAUCAACGCGGUCGUCGUUUACUUGGAAAAUAAGAUUGAUGUUCAGCUUGUUCAGCUUUUAAUAAUUGUUUUUUCAUACUGUAAUGGGUCCAUCAUUUGGGUUAAAGAUAAACUGAAUUUGCAACAGAUUAUUGUAGCCUUAUUUUGAAUUUAUUAUUGUAGAUUCAAUCUGUUCGAAAAAAUUGACAAACUUGUAGUGAAA